AUGAUCCUGUGUUAUGAAGGAAAAGUUGGUUUAGGUAGCUUUAUUACUUCUUUAAUUAUUGCAACAUUACCAGAAAUUCUCUUAUGGAUUGAAUUCAGCUGUUAUAUUCAUCAACUUCUGGUAAAUGUUUGGUUGAUUCAUCUAUUUCAAUAUGGAUUUCUAAACUUGUUGAUAUUUCUAACCUUCAAAGGACUUUUAUACCAAGUAGCCGUAAGAUCAGCAUUUCUUGGUUAUAUUUUCGGAGUCGGAAUCCUAAUUUUCAUAUUAGCUUCACUGUCAUGGAGAUGUUUUGGAAUUUAUAUCACCGUCCUGUCGUUCUUUCACUUCUCUGAAUUCUUCACAAUUGCAUGGACUAAUCCGAAAGCAGUGUCAAUUGAUAGUUUCAUUCUGAAUCAUAGUUUAGCCUAUAAUACAGCGGCAUGCUCUAGUUGGAUUGAAUAUUUUUUGGAACGAUAUUACUAUCCUCAACUAAAGUCACCUGAUUUUAUUUCCUAUGUCGGUUUGAUAAUAUGUAUCUGCGGAGAAAUAGUUAGAAAACUAGCUAUGUUUACGGCUAGAGAUAAUUUUAAUCAUCUUGUACAAAUGGAAAAAUCUAAAACUCAUCAGUUAGUCACUAAUGGAGUGUAUAAAUUCGUCAGACAUCCAAGUUAUGUUGGGUGGUUUUAUUGGUCGAUUGGUACUCAGCUUAUACUGAAGAACCCCGUCUGUUUGCUGGCGUAUGCUGUCGCAUCGUGGCAAUUUUUUUAUAACCGCGUAAUUCUGGAAGAAAUCACAUUAUUAAGAUUUUUCGGAGAAGAUUACAUAAAAUAUCAAGAAAAUGUUGGAACGGGAUUACCAUUUAUCUCAGGAUACAAACUAAACACGUAA